AUCCGUUUUGUCAAUAUUUGCCCACUUUUUGCUGCUUCUCUUUGUCGACUGCGGUUCUUUAAGGACACUUCAGUAAAUGUGUUUUAUUAGUUUAGGGGCACGCGACUGUGGGGAAGUCUGUUGGAGUCGUAAAAGUCAUAUUAAAAAGUGCCCUGAACUGUGAACCCUGAAUCUCGGCUUCCAGUAACGUAUGUGAGCAUUUGCGAUGUAGCAGGGAGUGAGGUGCACCUAUGUAUAGAAGAGGUGUGGGAUUUGAUACAACAGGCAGCAUAGAUGCCGGAGAUAUGUCUUCCAGCAUCUUUCAGUGGACACACAGUCAUGUCAACUGAUGAGAGGAACGAGGCCAAUCAUGAAUACAACUUCUUUCUGGACAGAAAGAUACAGGAACAAUUAUUUGAUGCAGAUGAAAAUCUGGACAAAACUGCUCAAACCAAUACUCAAAUCAAAACUCCAAGGAAAGGCAAUACCAGCAAAAAUUCUGUGCAAUCCCAAACAGAGAUUUGUGAGUGGAUCCCUAGAACCGGUUUUGCUUUACGUCGUCCAGAGAAAGAAAUUAACAACAAUAACAAUGGCACAUCCAAAAAGAAGGAGGACAGCUCACAUGGUGCACCGGCAAACUGGAGAGACCCUCACGGAAGACAAAAAGAAAUUGAUUUUAAAUUCAGACAUUACUAUGAUAUUAGAAAGUACAUAGAACAGUAUAGAAAACACCAUACCUGUCAAGUUCCUGUGAGGGGGCUGUCAGGUAAACUUUAUAGACAGUACCUCCAGCAGGCUCAGACACAGACUUUUGAGCAGAACUUUGCCAUUGGUGCAGGCUACCAGGAGCCAAAGAGCUGCACCCCUCCAGAACUCCUUCACGUCAAUCAAAGCAGUAAUCAGGAUGGAUAUAAGUACAAAACAACCUCGCGUGCCAUAAAAUAUGAUCAUGACUAUGACAAGGGACAGUCGAGUUUUGGGGAACGUUCUAGUAAGGGACAGAAUUAUAAUGUGACGCUAACACCCACCAAGGUGGGUGUGCGUGAUGGCGUACCCUACCCCAUGUCGGCGUCCCCCAAGGUGCUACGCCAGCCCCCUGGAAUGCCAGUGGUCAAGUAA